AUGACCUGGAGAUACCGCGUGUUACCUCAGGUAUCCAGACGGCUUCACUACAGUCGUCCCCUGCUCCAACUUCCUCUCUGGCCCGUGCGGAAUUACUCCCAUUCAACUCACCCUCUCCUCGAUCCAACCGAAAAGCUCGAGGAAGAAACCCUGCCAUGGUACUCACCCGAGAGAUUCUAUCCUGUAAAAGUUGGUGAGGUAUUCCAAACGCGGUAUCAAGUCGUUGGAAAACUGGGCUACGGGGGUUACUCAACCAUCUGGUUGUGCAGGGAUCUGUGGUUAGUCGAAUCCUACCCUAUCCACAAUCGAUGCGGUAAGUCUGACCUAGUUAGUCCGGAUAGUCAGCGCAGCAAAUAUGUCACGCUGAAGGUCUUGGAGUGCAAUUCGCCAGAAGCACAAAGAGAGAUGUCAGCCUACGAUCAUCUAAAUUCGCGUAAUGUACCAGAUCAUGCUGGUGCCAAGCUUAUCCGAAGAGCAUUGGAUAGCUUCCAGAUCGCAUCCGAGAAAGGCACGUUCGGAUGUCUCAUCCAUCCACCCCUUGGAAUGAGUAUGCACGAAUUUCGCACCCAACUCAAGGCCAGAGUACUUCCCGAGAGUAUAGUCAAGUUGACUUUAAUACAUCUUCUUCUUGCUCUGGAUUAUCUCCAUAUGGAGGCUGGAAUUGUUCAUACAGAUAUCCAAGAAAGGAACAUCAUGAUGGGAAUUGAAGACUCUUCUAUUCUAUCUCACUUCGAAGAAGAAGAAAGAUCCAAUCCCAGCCCUCGCAAAUUUGCUGGCGAUCGGGAGAUCUACACAUCCCGGAAACUCAGAAAAACCAAGCAACAUGGUCGUCCAACGCUAUGCGAUUUCGGCCAGGCUCGCUUUGGAUCGAGCUUCUACUCUGGGGAUAUUCAGCCUUAUAUAUACCGGGCGCCUGAGGUAAUAUUGCGAUUGCCCUGGAAUGAGAAGGUGGACAUUUGGAAUAUUGGAGUAUUGACUUGGGAUAUCUUCCAACAAGGACAUCUAUUCUACGGUCGAGAUCCUAACCAAAGCCCUUCUGAUGCUCAUCAUCUCGCUGAAAUGGUUGCUAUUAUGGGACUGCCACCGAAAGAAAUGGUGCAGAACAGCGAAUAUGCAACCACGUUCUUCGACGUCGAGGGAAAUUGGAAGGGAGCUGUUGACAUCCCUGGUAUCUCUCUAGAGAAGCUUGAAGGAAAUCUGCAAGGUGAAUCACAGCAACUCUUCCUCCGGUUCCUUGGGGAAACCCUCAAAUGGAAUCCCGAUGAGCGGCCAUCAGCAAGAGACCUUUUAGAUGAUCCCUGGCUACGGUCAACAUAA